AUGACACCCCCAACUCGAGACUCAAGAGUCACAACACUAGCGCAGAUUGUGAGGGGCUCUCUCCGGAGGGCGAGGGUAUUUAGAGACCGCCAGAAUCCGCUGGCAUACCCGGACGAUGUGCUUCAUGAACGAUAUAGAUUCUCAGCUGAGGGAAUUCCUUACCUUUGCCAGCUGAUCGAGGCAGACGUCCGCGAUGUAACCCGCCGAAGCCAGGCCCUCACAAUCGAGCAAAUUAUGCACUUGUCAUUGCAUUACUUUGCCAGUGGACAAUAUAUGUAUUCCAUCGGUGAUGCUGAAAACCUCAGUAAGAACACUGUAUGUCGUAUGAUUCGCAAAGUGGUACUUGCCCUAACCAAACUGUUGAAUGCAUUUGUCGUGUUCCCUGGGCAUUUAACCGCACUUCAGAUCAAAGAAGGGUUUUAUGCAAUCGCAGGUUUCCCAAGAGUAAUAGGAGCCAUUGACUGCACUCACAUCCGAAUCAGUGCACCCCUGGGAGAGCAUGAGGGGGAUUAUGUGAAUAGAAAAUCCUUCCAUAGCAUCAACCUAUUAGGUGAUGUGAAGAUAAAGAUGAAUAUAGUGACGUUUCAGGAAGUUAUAGUUUCUAAACCCUUCUUACUGGAGGAAAUGCCAGAGUGA